AUGGCAGAAGGUAAGCUGGUAGCAUUUUCACUUGCUGGUUGUCACAGUCAGGUUGUCGAAAUCCAACCACAACUUUCUAUACUAUUUUUGAUCAAAUAGUCGAUCAUAUAUGAUCGAGAAUAACAUAUUCUUCUUAGCUUGCGUAACUCUAUAUGUUCCUUUCUGAGUUGAAAUAAACAAGGAAAAGAACACUGAUGUUAUUAUUACAUGUAGAUAGUCAGAUUAUUAUACCCGUCCGCCAUUUUGAACACAUUAAUACAAAAGAUCUACGACGGCUGUCUUCUUCUACCACGGUAAGCAGAAGAUAUUUUCAGUUCAAUUUUCAGCAAACUUCAGUUUUUUAUUCUGUUUAGUGUUUGCAGGAAUUGCAAAACUUUGAGCAUUGGGUUAUAUUCAGAGUUGGACUGGUUGUCACUGAACCACAAACUUUAUACUUAUUAUGUGUUGUGCUCAUUUGAACAAACUUAAAACCAUGACUCUUUACUCUUUGCGCAACCAUCAACGAUUGUAAAGCUCUUAUGAAGAUCUAAAGCCCCAUAUUAUUCGUCUAGAACCCUUUCUAAAUCAAGAUUGUUGAUUUACACCAGUCGAAUUCAAAGUUCAUCGUCUCCCUCCCGCCACUAGGCCUACAAAGGCAGUAAAACUGUACAUCGCUUUCGGCGUAACCUGCAAACCAUAUAAGAUCCAAUCGCUAUAAUAAUUAUAAUUUGGGGUUAGACAGAUAGUCUCGUGUUUCUGUUAAUGUUCAGGUGGUGUCUUUCAGGUUUUCCAGUUAUAUAUUUGUAACAUCCCCUGAUAUGACGCGAAUUAUACGCAAUGUGCUGCCAAGACAACAAAGAAUCUACAUAAAAAGAUGCUAUAAGCCUAUAGCUUCAGUUCUCAGUUCUGGGUCGAAAAUAUGUUAAAAUCAACAGUAGUUUUAUUACCUAGUGGAACGUAAACAUACUAAAUUAAUGGUAUAGAAAUACAAUGGAAAUACAAUUAGGUAAUAUUGAAUGCAUUACAAAAGCGAUCUCUAAUUUUUUUUAAAAGGAAACAGGCAACGAAUUAUCGUUCAAGGCGGUUCGUAUAGUUCCAUGCCACCUGAUAAGAAAGAAGAGUAUAAGAGAGCAACAAAAGAGUCUGCUAGGGCAGGAUAUGCCAGAUUGAUGGUAAUUAUGUUCCGAAUAAUGAAUGUGAUUUACCUUUUACGGUUUUAGGCCCUACCGUACAUAAUAUACAUAGUAUUAUAGUACUAUAUCCAUAUAGUAUUAUAAAAACUUAUUUAAUGAAUGCUACGAGUAUAAACUCUUUCUUGCAAACUCGAUAUUAAUCUAUUGAGCGCCAGCGCUCUCCCCUGGUGUAAAAUCGUCUGGCAUUAGACAGAGUAAAAUAAUAAAAUAAGGUAAAUUAAUGGGUUAAAUUACUUAUUCCUUAUCAGAACCGUGGCACAGCAGUUGACGCUGUAGAAGCAGCAGUACGUGUUUUGGAGGACAAUGAAUAUUUUAAUGCAGGUUAUGGGUCGUUAUUGAACAAGAAUCGUGAAGUGGAAUGCGAUGCAAUGAUUAUGGAAGGACACACGUUAAAAUGUGGUACAAUUAUGUUUAUAAUUUAUAUGCUGAUAACCAUUGUUCGUAGCCCCAAUUAUAUUCUGUGAUGGUCACGGCGUUUUCGGCUCACGAAUUAAGUGACUCUUCAUUGCAGUACAAGUGUGCUGAAAGGGAAAUAUCAAUAAAGGUUAAGUUUCUCCCGUGUGGAAGAGAGAUUCACCAUAUUUUACAACCUUAUUAUAGAUUUUCUUUAUCGUUCUUAGAAUAAAAUAUACGACAGCUCAUUUUACCAAAUAAACUGAAUAUGAAAUUUGGCGCGGGUCAUGAAGUUACCAGUUUUAUUUUUUUCUCCUGCAAAAUGUUACCCACUUUAAAUAAAGCCUAUUGUUGUUGUUGUCCUUCUCCUUCUUUUUCUUCUUCUUCUUCUUCUUAUUAUUGUAAUACUUAUUUUUGCUUACUUUUUUUACUUAAUUUUCUAAAUAUCUGGCUAAAAUUAAUCCUAAUAGACUGUUUAACAUUCCCAGCUGGAUUCCAAAGCUAUCUUAUCCCGAAGUUCAAUUCAACCUUGACCCCCUCUGACUUACCAAGAAAUUACUAAUGUGAUACGUAAAAUUAAAUCGUCUGGCUCUCCUUGCCCCUUUGCUCAGCUUUCGAUAAUAUGUUUUAAGCGAUGUCCUUAUCUGAUAACUUACCUCAGUGAACUAAUUCAUGAAGUUUGGCUAUCUGGAACUGUCCCGAAUGAAUGGCAAAAAGCCUGUACUAUAUUUUUACAUAAGAAAGGUAACACUGAUGACCCGUCAAAUUUCUCGUCCCAUAACACUCGAGUCUUGUCUUCACAACGCAAUAUAGUCCUCUCUCGCAUUAAAUAACUUCAUCAAAUUUGGCAUACAAAAGGGCUUCACCCCUAACCUAUCUGGCACUCUAGAACACACUGCGCAAAUGGCUGACAUCAUCAACAAAGCCCCGAUCAGACAACGCGCUGUUGUCAUCACCGUACUUGAUCUGAAGAAUGCUUUCGGCGAAGUCCAUUAUAAUCACAUCCAAUCAGUACUCGACUACCAUCACAUCCCAGAGCACAUAAAAUUCGUUAUAAAAAGUUAUACACUGAGUUCCAAACCUCAAUAAUUACCUCCGAAUUCCGCACCCCUUUUAUAUCUGUUGGCCGUGCCGUAUUGCAAGGAGAUUGUCUCAGUCCUCUUCUUUUCAAUAUGUGCUUCAAUACAUUUAUCCAACAUAUAAAAGCUGAAAAGUACCGUCAGUUUGGCUUCUCCUUCAAGCUAUUAAAUCCUAUCCACUGGUUCCAGUUCGCUGAUGACGCAGUCGUAAUCACUGGCCAAGAAUCUGAAAACCAGCAUCUCUUAAAUCGUUUUUCCAUCUGGUGCCAAUGGUCCAAUAUGAUUAUCGGAGUCGAUAAAUGUAUUACCUUUGGCAUCAAGAAAGCGAUCACAAAAUCAGUCCAAUAUUUGCCGAAACUGCUCAACAACAAUAAUCUGAUACCAACAAUAAAUAUUGGAGAAGUAUUUCAAUAUUUAGGACGUUACUUUGAUUUUCGCAUGUCGAACGUUAACGAUAAGACUGAACUAACAACUCUCGUUAAUGAACUAAUGACUGAUAUUGACUCGAAGCCACACCACCCAAGAAAUAAGCUUCUCGUGUACAGUCGUUAUGUCUUAUCCAAACUAUCCUGGCAUUUCACCAUCGCAACACUUUCUAAAACAUGGGUUGUUGAAAAUAUUGAUUCCGUAGUCACCAAUACAUCCGCAAAAGGCCUGAAAUUCCAAUCUCAGAAACACUAGGUACUGUUUUUCUAAUUUGCAACAAAUUUGGUCAAAGUAUUUAUCCUCCAUCGGUGAAAUUUAUCCAAUGCCAAACAGUUCUUCGAAAAGCUUUAAAACGUUGUCCUAAUCAAUCAAUCAAUCAAUCAAUCAAUCAAUCAAUCAAUCAAUCAAUCAAUCAAUCAAUCAAUCAAUCAACGAACUGUGGAAAAAUAUCAAAUACGACUUUUACAACUCAACCAAAGAA